AUGGCUCUCUGGCUGUUUGGGACAAGCUGGAGCCCGUUGCCACGGGUGCAGGGCACCACCCCGGACCAGCGUCACGCCAGACACCCGUGGCUGCUAGCCCGGCCCCAGGGCAGAGACAAGGUCAUGGUCGGGUGCCCCCAGUCCCACACCCUCCUCUCUCAGCCCCACGCCGUGCCUGGCUGGGCUGGCGGAGAACGGCCCCUGUGGCGGGGAUCACCCAUCCCUCCUCCAGUGCUCAGACCUCCGCUGGCCGCCUCUCCGCCGAGUCCUCCCGGCCCCGGGACCCCCGGUUCCCGCGAGGCUAGGGUACUGCCCACCGAGACACUCGGUCCUACUCCCCACGGCGGUGCCCAGCCCCGCUGUGUCCGCAGCCGGGUGUUGGCGGGCGCGGGGCCCCGGGGCGGCGGGGCGGGGCCCCGGGCGGCGGUGCCGGUGCCGGUGAGGGCCGGGCUCACGUUACGGCGGCCCCAUUGGCCACGGCGGGGCAGGGCGGGGCCGCCCGGGCAGCAACGGGAGGCGGUGGGCACAGCCGGGCGUUGCGCUGCUGCUCCGCCACCGGCACCGGCGGGACCGGCAGCGGGGCCGGCAGCUGGGCCGGGUAUGCACGGCCCCCGCCUGCACGCCUGCCCGGGACAGCUCGGCGCGGACCGGCAGUCCCGGCGGGAGGCGGGGGCGACGCCGCGGGAGCACAUGCCCGGCACACGGCAGGCACCGCAGCACCCCGCCGGUGCUCCGGGGUCGGCCCCUCGUCUCCCGCGCCCCGGGUCGGCGGCGGACUCGGCCUGCAGCCUGGAACCGGGGGGCGAGGAGGAGGAAGUGGGGGGCCUGGCAGCCCGCUCGCCCCCAGCCAGCGAGCGCAGCCUGGAGUUCGACUCGGGGUACUCGGAGGCGUCGGGGGGCACAUGGCGGGAGGACGAAGUGCCCGUACGGCGCCGGCACCCACCGCCCUGCCAGAGGGCACACCGGCUUUCCGCCGGCCCCGCUGCCCCGUCGCCCGCUCCCGCCCGCCGCAUACGCCCCAAAUCCACCUCGGACGCCUGCCUGGAGCAGUGGCGGGUGCUGGAGCCAGCUGACACGCAGGACUGGACCGUGGCAUUGCUGUCACAGAGCCGGAACCGGCAGCCCCUGGUCUUGGGUGACAACUGCUUCGCCGACCUGGUGGAGAAUUGGAUGGACCUGCCCGAGGUGGGCACGGAACCCCGGCGCCGAAAUCCCGCCGAGCCGUCCCGCCGGCUGGCCAAGCCCCCCGCCUUCCUCCUCAGCCUCUCGGGCAACGUACGCCGUAAACUGGCCAACAUGGCCCGACCCCGGGGUGGCGAGGGUGCGCGACCGGGGGGUCGCGAAGCCACCAAGCGUUUUUCCUGCCCACUAGGGCUGGGGGGGCAGCCCAAGGGCGCCUGCUUCCACCAGUCCCAUAGCAACAUCGCCCAGCUGGCUACGGACUUCCACCGCUUCACUGCUCUCAUGAACAGCCGCAGCCGCCAGCCCAUCAUCUGCAACGAUGUUAUCGGUUACAUUUAGCCCUGCCCGCACCCUCCUCCGCUGUAAAUAAACCCCCCUUUUGU